AUGACGGAACCCGAGCCGCCCUCCGUUGCCGCCCUCAGUCUCGCCGAGACAGCGACUGAACCUGUGCAGGGAAAGAAGGCGGAGCAAGAAAUCAACCCUUGGGAUGUGCAAGCCGCGACAGACGAGGAUGGAAACGUCCUCGAAUUCGACUACGCCGCCAUUUCACAAAAAUGGGCCACCAAGCUGAUAGACGACGAGCUUCUCGCCCGCUUUGAGCGCGUCACCGGCCACAAGCCGCACCGCUGGCUGCGACGCCGCCUUUUCUUCUCGCACCGCGACCUGGAGCUCAUUUUGGACACGUACGAAAAGGACGGCGAGUUUCUAUUGUAUACCGGGCGAGGGCCCUCCAGCGACUCCAUGCACAUCGGUCACACCAUCCCCUUCGAGUUCACGAAGUGGCUACAGGAAGUGUUCGACGUGCCGCUAGUCAUCAUGUUGACGGACGACGAGAAGUUCCUCUUCAAAGAGAAGCUCACACAACCCGAGGUGUACGAAUUCGCACGCGGCAAUGCGAAAGACAUCAUUUCCAUUGGCUUCGACCCCAAGAAAACCUUCAUAUACAUCGACUCUGAAUUCUUCACCAGCGGUUACAACCGCCAUUUCUCGCUCAAUGCGACAGAGUUCGAGAAGCUCAUCACCAACAACCAGGUCCGCGGCGCAUUCGGUUUCCACGGCUCCACAAAUAUCGGCAGCAAUGCCUUCGCGGCGAAGCAGUGUGUCGCUGCCUUUGCAAGCUCGUAUCCGUUCAUCUGGGGCAACGACAUCAAGACGUACCACCGCUCCGCCAAGCUUGCCGCCAUGCCCUGUCUGAUCCCCUGCGCCAUCGACCAAGACCCUUACUUCCGCCUUGUGCGCGAAAACUGCUCCCGCAUGGCACAUCCAUCGCCUAAACCGGCCCUCAUCCAUUCCAAGUUCUUGACCGCCCUGCAAGGCGCUGGCGGCAAGAUGAGUGCUUCGAAUGCCAAUUCAGCCAUCUUCAUGUCGGACACGGAGAACCAGAUCAAGAAGAAAAUCAACAGCCACGCGUUCAGCGGCGGGCAGGAGACCGAGGCGCUGCACAGAGAAAAGGGUGGAAAUCCAGACAUCGAUGUCCCGUAUCAAUAUCUGGCGUACUUCGAGGAUGACGACGAGAAGUUGCUCAAGUUGGCGGAUGGGUACCGCAAGGGCGAGAUACUGACGGGCGAGAUGAAAAAGGAGUGUAUUACCCUGAUGCAAAAGUACGUAAAGGGCUUCCAAGAAGCGAGGUCAAAGGUCACGGAUGAGAUACUAGAGGAGUUCCUGCGGCCACGGAAGCUAGAGUGGGUUGGAAACCCAAAGGUUGAGAAGAAAGAGGUCAAGGAGGAGGCAGCGGAGGGUAGUGCACCGGUAGGCGAGGACGGGAAGCCUAUGACGAAGAACCAGCUCAAGAAGCUGUUGAAGGCACAGGAGACGGAGCGCAAGAAGAAGGAGAAAGAGGCGGCGAAGGCGUCAGCGCAGGCUUAG